GGCGAAUAUGAAGAGCUUAGAAAAGAAAAUAAGAAAACGAAAGAAGAGUGUGACAAAUUCAAGCAAGAACGAGAUGAGGCUGUCAAAAAACUGGAGGAGUUUCAGAAAAUUUCUCACAUGGUUAUUGAGGAAGUAAACUGUAUUCAGAACCAUCUUGAAAUUGAGAAGACGUGCCGUGAAAGUGCUGAGGCUUUGGCUUCUAAGCUGAACAAAGAGAAUAAGACCUUGAAAAGAAUUAGUAUGCUUUAUAUGGCAAAACUGGGCCCAGAAAUUAUCACUGAAGAGAUUAACAUUGAUGAGGAUGAUUCAUCCACAGAUACAGAAGCUAACUCUGGAUCAUGCAAUUCUGUGCAUUGUCAGCAGCAAAUAAAAGAGCUGCGAGAUCAAAUCAUAGCUGUUCAUGAGGAAAAGAAGACCUUAGCCAUUGAACUGGAAAACCUGAGGUGCAAACUUGUAGAAGUAAUUGAAGAAGUGAAUAAAGUGAAAGAAGAGAAGGCCGUUUUGACAACAGAAGUUAGUAAGCAGCAAAAACUGCUGGAGAAAUGCAACAGAGUGUCUGUUCUGGCAGUAGAGGAAUAUGAAGAGCUUCAUGUAAACUUUGAACUGGAAAAGAACCUGCGGAAGAAAGCGGAGUCAUUUGCACAAGAGAUGUUUAUUGAACAAAACAAGAUGAAAAGGCAAAGUCAGUUGCUUCUGCAGAAUUCUGCUCCUGACCAACAGCUUUUGAAGGCUUUGGAUGACAACGCUAAGCUAACCCAUACGUUAGAAGAAGAGAGGCUUCAGCACCAACAAAAGAUCAAAGAAUUGGAAGAGCAGCUAGAGAAUCAGGCACUGCAUAAGGAGAUUAGUCGUCUUAAACAGCAACUAGAACUUUUGGAAGAAGAUAAAAGGGAACUAGAGCUUAAGUGUCAGAACUCAGAAGAAAAAGCGAGAGACCUAAAGCAUUCAGUCGAUGAGCUUCAAAAGCGAAUACAACAGUCUGAAAAUCCUGCACCGCCGCCUCCACCGCCGCCCCCGCCUCCUCUUCCUCCUCCCCCUCCUCCGAACCCUAUACGGUCUCUCAUGUCAAUGAUUCGCAAGAGAUCUCACUCCAACACCAAUGUGAGCAAGAAGGAGAAGCCUCCCCAGCAGGAGUCAGGUGAAGAAGUUACGGAUCUGAAGCGACAAGCCGUCGAAGAAAUGAUGGACAGAAUUAAAAAGGGAGUUCAUCUGAGACCAGUCAAUCAGUCAAGCAGGCCUAAAACAAAGCCAGAGACACCAAAGCCCUCUGAAAGUGCAAUGAAAGAGUUAAAAGGGAUUCUGGAAACAUUGAACAAAUCCACUAGUUCCCGAAGCUUAAAGUCCCUGGAAACAGACAGCAGCGAAACAGAGCUGGAACGAGUUCUGCGGCGCCGGAAAGUGACCACUGACCAGGACAGUGGCAGUCCCACUGGAACCUUGGCCACCUCGGAAUCUAAAUCUCUGCCUGUGCUAGGUGCCGCACAAACAGCGUUGAACAAGAAAGACCUGGAGACGGAAUUCGGUUCCAAAGGGCCUGACACGGGUCCUGUCUCUGACCAGCUGAAGGGUGUCACGGGCUCCAAGCCCACACUACACAUUAAAACAAAUGUGGUGGGCCAGAUUCCGCAGUACCGCGGGGCUUCUUCCCACGGCGUCGCGGGUGUAAACCUGCUUCAUUGGAAAGGCUCCUCGUUGAGGAAGCUCUGCCAGCGAGAGAGGAGGUGCUGGGCUCUUGCCCGCCUGCCGCUGGGCUGGUGGGGAGGAGCAGAAAUCACCUGGAUGCUUG